AGGGAUUUUCUUCCCCGUGGAUCUGGUAUUGUUACCCGUAGACCUCUUGUCCUUCAGCUGGUCACUUGCCCUACAGAACAUGGGGAGUUUCUGCACUGCAAGGGAAAGAAGUUUACAGAUUUUGAAGAGAUCAGAAUGGAAAUCGAGGCUGAAACCGAUCGGAUCACCGGAACAAACAAGGGCAUUUCUCCUGUGCCAAUAAACCUUCGUGUCUACUCUCCAAAUGUGCUUAACCUGACUCUGGUUGAUCUUCCGGGUAUGACCAAAGUCCCAGUUGGUGACCAACCACCAGACAUUGAGUUUCAGAUCCGUGACAUGCUCACGCAGUUCGUUACCAAGGAGAAUUGCCUCCUUCUAGCUGUAUCUCCAGCUAAUACAGAUCUGGCAAACUCCGAUGCCUUGAAAAUCGCCAAAGAAGUGGAUCCUCAAGGGCUACGCACAAUUGGUGUCAUAACCAAACUCGACCUGAUGGAUGAAGGGACAGAUGCCCGAGAUGUCUUGGAAAAUAAGCUAUUACCUUUGCGGAGAGGUUAUGUUGGAGUUGUAAACAGGAGCCAAAAGGACAUCGAUGGUAAGAAAGAUAUCCAAGCCGCAUUGGCAGCUGAGAGGAAGUUUUUCUUGUCACAUCCUGCUUAUCGACAGUUCGCUGACCGCAUGGGGACCCCAUAUCUACAAAAAACUCUCAAUCAGCAACUGACCAAUCAUAUUCGAGACACACUUCCAGGCCUGCGGAACAAGCUGCAGAGCCAGCUCUUGUCCAUUGAGAAGGAAGUGGACGAGUACAAGAAUUUCCGUCCAGAUGAUCCAGCCCGUAAAACCAAGGCCCUGCUCCAAAUGGUGCAGCAGUUUGCUGUUGACUUUGAAAAACGUAUUGAAGGUUCUGGGGAUCAGAUUGACACUUACGAGCUGUCCGGUGGUGCACGGAUUAAUCGAAUAUUUCAUGAACGCUUCCCCUUUGAGUUGGUUAAGAUGGAGUUUGAUGAAAAGGAACUGCGAAGAGAGAUAAGCUAUGCUAUCAAGAACAUCCAUGGCAUCAGGACUGGACUCUUCACGCCUGACCUCGCUUUUGAAGCCAUUGUGAAAAAGCAGGUGCAGAAGCUGAAGGAGCCGAGUCUGAAGUGUGUGGAUAUGGUAGUAAGUGAAUUGACCUCCACCAUCCAAAAGUGUAGCGAAAAGCUCAGCCAGUAUCCCCACCUAAGGGAGGAGAUGGAACGGAUCGUCACCACACAUAUUCGGGAGCGAGAGGGAAGGACAAAAGACCAGGUUAUGCUGCUGAUUGACAUAGAACUGGCUUACAUGAACACGAACCAUGAGGAUUUCAUUGGCUUUGCUAAUGCGCAGCAAAGGAGCAGCCAAAUGAGCAAGAAGAAAGCAUCUGGAAACCAGGAUGAGAUCCUGGUCAUCCGGAAGGGGUGGCUGACCAUUAACAACAUUGGUAUAAUGAAAGGCGGUUCAAAGGAAUAUUGGUUUGUCCUUACAGCGGAGAACCUGUCUUGGUACAAAGAUGAUGAGGAGAAAGAGAAGAAGUACAUGCUGCCCGUGGAUAAUCUAAAACUGAGAGAUAUUGAAAAGGGAUUUAUGUCCAGCAAACACAUUUUUGCCCUAUUCAAUACUGAACAAAGGAAUGUUUACAAGGAUUACCGUCAGCUGGAGUUGGCCUGUGAGACUCAGGAAGAAGUGGACAGUUGGAAGGCAUCUUUCUUACGCGCUGGUGUCUAUCCAGAGCGAGCUGGGGACAAGGAUAAAGCUAGUGAGUCGGAGGAGAAUGGAUCUGACAGUUUUAUGCAUUCAAUGGACCCUCAGUUGGAAAGACAGGUGGAGACUAUCCGUAAUCUUGUGGACUCUUACAUGGCUAUAGUCAACAAGACCAUCCGGGACUUGAUGCCCAAAACCAUAAUGCAUCUUAUGAUUAACAAUACAAAGGAGUUUAUCCAUUCUGAGCUUCUAGCCAAUUUGUACUCAUGUGGUGACCAGAAUACUUUGAUGGAAGAAUCACUGGAACAGGCACAGCACAGGGAUGAGAUGCUGCGCAUGUACCAUGCCCUGAAAGAAGCCUUAAGUAUUAUCGGAGAUAUCAACACAACAACCAUCAGCACCCCUAUGCCUCCACCUGUGGAUGAUUCUUGGCUACAGGUGCAGAGUGUUCCAACAGGACGCAGGUCUCCCACAUCAAGUCCUACCCCACAGAGGAGGGCACCUGCUGUUCCCCCAGCCAGACCUGGCUCUCGAGGACCAGCUCCAGGACCACCACCACCUGGCACCACGCUUGGUAGUGCACCACCAGUCCCCUCCAGGCCUGGGGCUUCCCCUGACCCAUUCGGUCCCCCCCCUCAAAUUCCUUCAAGACCUAACCGUGCCCCUCCUGGUGUCCCUAGGUAAGUCUGUCUAAACAUUGAGGAAAGGGAUGAACCUGAGUGCUAACACCUUCGAAUGGUGUGUAA